AUGGACAUUAUUUCUUUGGAAAAGGAGUUUUCUGAGGAGGAGGUGAAAAAUGUGAUGGAUCAUUUUGGUGUUAACAAAAGCACGGGUCCAGAUGGCUUUGCAAUGGAGUUUUAUAAACAUGCGUGGGAGGGUAGGCAGAUACAUGAUACAGUUUUAAUUGCAUCUGAGAUAAUAGAUUCAAUAGUAAGGUCCCAAGAAACUGGUCUUAUAUGUAAAGUGGACUUUGAAAAGGCGUUUGAUAAUGUGAAUUGGGGUUGUGUGGAUAUUACUCUUGAUAGGUUUGAAUUUGGACAUAAAUGGAGAAGUUGUAUUAAAUGGUGUGUUACCACACCUAGAUUUGUUGUUUUUCUUAAGGGUGAAGCAACUAAUUUGUUCCGAAGUCAGAAAGGAAUCAGACAAGGAGAUCCGAUUUCGCCUUUUUUGUUCAUUCUAGUUGUUGGGGUGCUUUCUUUGAUGUUUAAAUCAGCUGCAGAUCAAGGUUUGAUUUCAGGAUUCAAAGUGGCGGCACAAGUAACAGUAAUAACCCAAUUAAAAUUUUCUAAUGAUCAUAUAGUCUUUUUAGAAGACAAUGAGAUGCAGAUGCACAAUGGAGAAAUUUGUGCUAAGAUUUUUGAAUGUUCCUCUUCUCAACUUCCUUUGAAUUAUCUGGGAAUUCAGUUAGGAAGAAAAUCUUGUUGUAGAUUACUAUGGAAUGAGGUAGUUCAAAAGUUUCAGCAGAAGUCUAUCAGAACAAUAGGAAGGAGUCUCUGGAUCGGCAUUCUAAAGACAAGGGACUUAACUAAAUACGGUACUUCUUUGAUUAUAAGGAAUGGUGCUGGUAUUUACUUUUGGGAGGAUAUUUGGGUAGGUGAACAGACUCUAAAGCAGAUUUUUCCAAGCUUGUUCAAAAUAUCAAAAGGUAAAAAGCUUACUGUCAAGGAAAUGGUGUCAGACCAAGGUGCGUGGAAUUUACAGUUUGUAAGGACGUUGAAUGAGCUGGAAUUGCAAGAAGUUAUUCAGUUGUUGCAGGUUAUAGGUGACCCUAAUGCUAUACUAUCUGCUGCUAGUGAUGAUAGGCACAGGAGAUAUGGAGAUUGA